UUUCAAUAGAGGUUUCCCCUUUCCUGUCUCCUCCCUCUUUGAAAUCAGUUCUGAAAGUAAGCCCUAGCAGGAUUCCGGGGAGGAGAAUCAGAGCAGAAUCAAUGGAUCUCCUGAAGCAAGAACUUCUCAAGAAACGUCAAGCCCUAGCUACCGAAACCGGUGGCAAACGCUUCUUCAAGCGAUCCGAGAUUGAACAGAAGCAAAUCCAGCAGCUACGCGAGAAAGAGAAGCGCGAAUUGGAAACCAAAGCUCUCCGCCAAUCCACCACCUCAGCCGCCACUGCCGAGGCCAACUCCAAAUCUGCCAAAUCCAAUUCAUUAGCCUCCGCCUCCACUACUUCCUCUACCACUAUUAACUCCGCCGCCACCACUUCGAAAUCGCUUACGGACGAGCAGAACAUCGACAACCUUGUCCUUCCCAGGCAGGAAGUAAUCAGAAGGCUCCGGUUUCUGAAGCAGCCGAUUACGCUAUUCGGGGAAGAUGAUGAUACUCGGCUCGACCGUUUGAAGUAUGUGCUGAAAGCGGGACUUUUCGAGGUGGAUAGUGAUUUGACUGAGGGGCAAACGAACGAUUUUCUUCGGGAUAUUGCAGAGUUGAGGAAGCGGCAGAAGACGGGUAUUUUGAGUGAGAGGAAGAGGCAGAAGAAGGAAGACGGCGCUGGAGAAGAGGGCGAUGGGGGCGGGGCUGACGAAGAAAGUGCCGAUGGAGGGUCGAGUGGGGUCGACGCUGAUAAAGAUUUGAAGAGAAUGAAAGCGAAUUUUGAUGAAUUAUGUCAAGAAGACAAGAUACUGGUAUUUUUUAAGAGGUUGUUGAAUGAGUGGAACCAGGAAUUGGAUGAAAUGCCCGAAGCAGAGAAGCGGACGGCGAAAGGGAAGUCUAUGGUGGCGACAUUCAAGCAGUGUGCUCGCUAUUUGCAUCCUCUGUUCAAGUUUUGUAGGAAGAAGAUUCUUCCUGACGAUAUUCGGCAAGCAUUGUUGGUGGUCGUUGAAUGUUGCAUGAAGCGAGACUAUCUAGCUGCAAUGGAUCAAUACAUUAAGAUGGCCAUUGGAAAUGCCCCCUGGCCUAUUGGUGUCACUAUGGUUGGUAUCCACGAACGUUCAGCUCGUGAGAAGAUUUACACCAACAGUGUAGCCCAUAUCAUGAACGAUGAGACGACAAGGAAGUACUUGCAAUCGAUCAAGAGAUUGAUGACGUUCUGUCAACGACGCUAUCCAACAAUGCCAUCCAAGGCAGUAGAAUUUAACAGCUUGGCGAACGGUAGCGACCUGCAGUCCCUGCUAGCAGAAGAGAGAGUCUCCGGAGGAGGAGGAGGCAAGCAGGGUUCUGAUGAAAGGCUUCGCAUCAUGCCCUCCCCGGAAGAUAGCUAGCUACCAAGUAAGAAUAUCCUCUCCUGGCUGCUACUCUUUACUCUUCUGCAUAUUUUGGUAGUCAGUCAGCAAUUUCUGAGUACCGUUUCAGAUCAAAGUAUGUAGUAUUCGUUUAAGAUAAAGAUUAUCGCCUGGUUACCAUUGUUUAUGUCUAUUUGUUAUGUAAAAUUUGAAGUUUCAGCAGCUUAGUUUGGUAGUCAGUAAGUCAAUGUUGUUCGAGUA